AUGUCUGAAGAAAGGAGUAAGAUCUCGCUCCGCAGCGGUCCUAAGAGGAAAGGUCGACCUACUAUCAGCGCGCCUCGUCAAAUCUCAGAUCCUAUUCCAAAUGAUGGCGGCGUUCCAGUUCCUCGUAGUACUGGAGGGAGAGUUGGGACUAACAAUCCACCGCCACCCCGACAGCGACAACCUCCCGCAACUGGUGGAAAAACUGGCGACCUUGUCAAGCGACGAUAUUCAACCCGGUUUAAUAAUCUCCCCAGUGAUUUCGACCCAAGUGCUCCUCCAGUUCCUUCUAUGCCCGCCUUCGAUAUUUCCAAAUACGAUCAGCAGGCAUCGCGGCCUCGGCCACCCCCGUCGCGUGAUGGUCCGGGUGCGGGUUUAUCUAGGGGCGUACCUCCAACUGUAGACCCGAAGGCACUAAGAGACCCGAGACUCGUCCCCGAUCAAUAUGUCGCCAAUAUCCUUAGCGAGGCUACUGAAGAUGAGAUCAGGGACUACGAGACUGACUUGCGCAAGUUAAAAGCCAGGGCAGCAGCGGAUUUACAGCAAAGUGUCUAUCAAAACCGGGCACAGUUCAUAAAGAUUAGCAAGGAAGCGGAAAAACUGAAGUCGGAAAUGCGCACCUUGCGCAAUUUAUUUAAAGAGUUGGCUACAAAUACGAAUGCGCUCAGAGCUGCAUCUAACAACCACGGCACUCCUAUGAAUGGAGAAUUCUCGACUGGUUUAAGUAAGAAAGAUAGACGCAGCUCGGUGGCGGAUAGAACAGUCCUUUGGAAUACUCAAAUGCAAGUUCUCUACAAGAAUGUCGAGGGUUCUCAGAAGUUCCUACCCAAUUCGAUGGGGAGGCAUGUUAUCCAAGAUGCCGGACCUUGGAUCGAGCUCGACAAUGCGACGUACAAAUCAAGGCGGUCUAUGCAAAUAUUCCUCCUCAACGAUCACCUUCUUGUCGCUUCGCGGAAAAAACGUAAGACGGACAACCCGAACGACACACGUGGCCCAGCGACUAAGUUAGUUGCGGAUCGCUGUUGGCCGCUUCUGGAUGUCGAGAUUGUUGACAUGGCAGCAACCACGGAGUCGUUCAGCGGCAGGAAUAAACUAGCGGAUGCCAUCAUGGUUCGAGGCGUCGGCCAGGAAUCGUUCAUCUACAGAACAGAAAAGCAAGAAGAUCCCGAGAAAUCGGCCUUAAUAUUAAACAUUCGAAAAGCGGUUGAGGAAUUACGAAAGAACCUACAGUCCGAGAUGGAAGCGAAUAAUAAGGCUAAAGAGACUAUCAAUUACUUCGCUUCCCGCGAUCCAGGUUUACUACAGAAAACGGAGUUACUUGAGACGCUCUCUGACAUUAAGGACAUGCUAAUCGAGGUGGAUGGGAAACAGCAAAAUCUCCGUUGGGUAGAGGGUCAGAUGGACGAGCUUGACAUCGACAUCGCCCUCCAGAAGUUUGAUCUAGCCGUCGAUCGCGUUGAGAAGAUGCAGAAGCUUGCUCGUGGGUUAAAGAACAAUAUUAUUGCACAAGACUUUAUCGACUUCAAAAUCGAGGAGAGGUGCACAAAACUAGCUGGUCUGAUUAUACGAGAGGUUGUCGACUCGCAUAGCCAACCGCUUAAAACGAAACGUAAUGUCGAAUGGCUUAAUAGGCUAGGAUUCGAGGAUCGCGCCCGAGAUGCAUAUCUUAAGGCUCGUGGUGACUUAAUUCAGAAGCGUUCAAGACAAUGCAUCUUCCAAGGCGAUCUCCACCUCUACAUCUGGCAGAUUUCAUUCGUCUAUUUCAGCAUAAUCAAAAAUACCGUAGGCUGCUUCCAAAGCUGCUUCCCCCAGACGAUGAUGAGCGCCUGUGUGAAAUGGGCCAAGGAGGUAGUGGAUGCUUUUAACGUAAUUCUAGCUAGGCAGUUGAGCAGCACGGAGAGGGAUGGUGCCGUAUGGAAACAGUGUAUGGAGAGAGCCAAAAUCCAUGCCGAAAUGCUCUCGGAAGUGCAGUUGGACUUUGGAGAUCUAGUGGGCAGAGAACCCCAAGGCGCGAAAGCUAACAGUCCUGUUGGACUUGGGCUGGCAUAG